AAGAGCAGCAAGAUAUCCUACUCCAGCCGCAAGUGUCUGCUCGGGAUACACUUCAGCCCUCGGUUGUCCCCUCUCCCCAAGGGGCUCUGGGACCUUUGGGAUUCUUCAAGUUCACUCAAGGGCCUGCGAGGACCUAACGAGCCCUCAGAAUCACCCCGGAGGAGCUGAGCAUGACCCGGGACGAGGCAUUGCCGGACUCGUAUUCUGCACAGGGCUUCUACGAGAACUACGAGCCCAAGGAGAUCCUGGGCAGGGGUGUUAGCAGUGUUGUCAGGCGCUGCAUCCACAAGCCCACAUGCCAGGAGUAUGCUGUGAAGAUCAUCGACAUCACUGGUGGGGGCAGCUUCAGCUCCGAGGAGGUGCGGGAGCUGCGAGAGGCCACGUUGAAGGAGGUGGACAUCCUGCGCAAGGUUUCAGGGCACCCCAACAUCAUACAGCUGAAGGACACUUAUGAGACCAACACUUUCUUCUUCUUGGUGUUUGAUCUGAUGAAGAGAGGGGAGCUCUUUGAUUACCUCACUGAGAAGGUCACCCUGAGUGAGAAGGAAACCAGAAAGAUCAUGAGAGCCCUGUUGGAGGUGAUCUGCGCCUUGCACAAACUCAACAUCGUGCAUCGGGAUCUGAAGCCCGAGAAUAUCCUCUUGGAUGAUAACAUGAACAUCAAGCUCACAGACUUUGGCUUUUCCUGCCAGCUGGAGCCAGGAGAGAAGCUGCGAGAGGUCUGUGGGACCCCCAGUUACCUGGCCCCUGAGAUCAUUGAGUGCUCCAUGAAUGAUGACCACCCAGGCUACGGGAAGGAGGUGGACAUGUGGAGUACAGGGGUCAUCAUGUACACCCUGCUGGCUGGCUCCCCGCCCUUUUGGCACCGGAAGCAGAUGCUGAUGCUGAGGAUGAUCAUGAGUGGCAACUACCAGUUUGGCUCACCUGAAUGGGAUGAUUACUCAGACACAGUGAAGGACUUGGUUUCCCGCUUCUUGGUGGUGAGCCCCCAGGGCCGCUGUUCAGCAGAAGAGGCCUUAGCACAUCCCUUCUUCCAGCAGUAUGUGGUUGAAGAAGUACGUCACUUCAGCCCCCGGGGGAAGUUCAAGGUGAUCUGUCUAACAGUGCUGGCCUCAGUGCGGAUCUACUACCAGUACCGCCGGGUGAAGCCUGUGACCCGGGAGAUUGUCAUCCGAGAUCCCUAUGCCCUCCGGCCUCUGCGCCGACUCAUCGAUGCCUAUGCUUUCCGAAUAUAUGGCCACUGGGUAAAGAAGGGGCAGCAGCAGAACCGGGCUGCCCUCUUUGAGAACACACCCAAGGCCGUGCUCCUCUCCUUGGCUGAGGAGGACUACUGAGGGGCUGGCAGGGGGGUAGGUGGGGUUGGGGGCAGGCAGGGAGGGAAAGCCACAGAAAUAUAAGUCAAAGGAGUGAGAUCAUGUGCAGGCCUCUGUCCAGAGGGGGCACUUGGCCCUGGCCAGGACCCCUGGAAGUGGGGCCACUAUACCCUCUCAGAGGUUCUGCACAAGAAGAGCAGGUGUUCCCAACACAUGAUGGUAAGUGCAGUCAGGGCUGGGCCCCACAGAGGGGGAGCGAGAU